AACAACAAUGGUGCCUCACAGGCCCUGAAAGACGACACGGCUGCCACAUCCAUUAUGCAUUGGCCAGGGAAACAGACAUAUGUUGGCAACAGCAUCAUCUGUGGAAAAGUGAUGACAUCUCCAAAUAUUCCUGAUUGACAGGUGUGUGUGGCUGGCUGCAGGGCUCUGGACAUGUGGGGUCCAAUUGGACACAUCCCCUUUUAGAAAGCCAAGCAUUUAAACUUGAAUCCCAUGUAAGGUACACUGUACUAGUCUUGUGAACUACCAAAGGACUGCAGCGUGUGGAGCUCGGUAACACGGUAUGGACAUCAGACACAGGACUGCUCUUCAAUAGUAAUGACAGUGGCUUGAAUUUCAAGGCUUGUUGCCAUGGCGCCACCCUCCAUAACAGCCAAGGGACGCCUGGGCGAGCUGUGAAGACAUUACCAGGGUCCAGAGUGGUCCCCUGGGCCCUUCACUAGAAGACUGCACCACAGACAGCAUCCGUGGAAGGCAGUGUUGUUUCAACGCCGGGUGCGGUUGUCCUGGCAACAUUCUGUGAGGAGGCUUCCACCCAGAAAGGGUUACGGAUGGACAUCUCACUGUCACUUGGGACCUUCUGUCAAAUACCCCGCUACUGUAGACCUGAGGCCGGCUCCCCAUGCAGAACAGAUGUUCAGGAAGCUCAACAACGCAUUCCGUCCCCACGGCGGCGGUGCUCCCCACGGCGGUCCGCGGUCCGAGCAGGACUACCACAGCGCGUGCACGGUCAAGCUGGUGCGCAGCACCUCCAUGCUCAUGGUGGGCCAGAGGACGCAGUCAUCCAUCACCUCUACCCUGAAGCGGAGCAAGAGUUCAGUGAGCAUCGAGUCCACCACAGCCUUAUAUUAUUACCAGAGGCAGGAGGACCGGAUAUGGCUCUACUCACAGAACCAGAAUUGCCUGGAAUAUUUGGAAGAGCUAGUGGCUUUGAGACGAGAGUACACGAGGAGUGUCAACAUCUUGAAAAGAAAUGAAAUGAAAGCCACUUCCUGCCCUAAGAAGACAGCCUCGACGCCACCCACUUCAAAUGACCGACAGACCAAAAGCACCAAACCGUCUGCCCCACCUGCCCCCAACGAGGAGGACACUCUGGAGUUCUUCGACGCUGUCAUCGCAAGCUGUGACCCUGAACCCAGGCACAAGCCCCAUGUAGACGACGGGAACGCCGACAUUGACUUCAUCGUGGCCACCAGCUCCAGCGAGCAUGACCUCCACUCCAACUGGGUGAUGCGAGUCCCGCGGGGUCCCUCAGACGAGCCCAAGAGGAAGGAACCGGUCACGGCCGGACACGACGGCAACAGAAUGACCACGAAGAACAGCGACAACGGGACAACGAGCAGCCGCCGGCGCCUACAGAGGAACCCCAUCCACCUGCCCAAAGUGGUGCAGAGCGCCUUUCAAACGCUGCGGUUCAAGCCCAAACCCAAGAAGAAAGAGUAGUAGGACAUGGUGGCACCAAGAUCACGUACAAGUGCAGGUGUCCUCUUGGCCAGGUUCUGCAAUUGCAGGCAGCUGGUGAGAAAUUGGUGGUAGGGAAACCACCAGAAAAUAACCACAGAGAGAAACAUUGGUAGUGAAAGACAAAUGUGAGAAGACGGCCAAGAGGGAACUGAUAGAACGUAGCAGCCAGCAACGGCAUGGUGUGGUCUAGGCAAGGCGAGCAGCAUUCUCCGCGACACCACCUGUUCUGUGGGGGGUUGGGGGCACUAAGGUAACGGCGCCAGUGUUUGCCAGCGCCAUCCGGCAUAAAGUCCCCCAAGGGGUUUUUCACAUUUCCGACAGACUCUGUUGGUCUGAUGAAUUAUCCAGUCUGGCUUGGUUCCCAGGACUGACGUGGCCUGAUCUGAGUUACAUGGUUACGGUGACACCCAACAAACCCUGUCGUUACCUUGAGACCGCAGCUACACAGCAUCUACCAACACAGUGACUCACCAGACAUGACAACCGGUCACAGCAGUUCGGUCAGGACAACACAAUGGUACAUUUAAUUAAUCUGUUUCUCUCCCAAAUGCGGCAUCAGCAUUGAAAUUACUUCACAAUAGAUGAGUCAGCACAUUUUUCAGGGCAUUUAACCAUCUCAAUAGGAAGACAAACAACAAAGAAGUUGAAUUUAUUUUUUAUUUAUAUCAAAAGCGCAAAAUGCAAACAGUUUCCCUGACAUCAUCCGAAGACUCAUUUUUUUUCCGCUUUGCCCUUGGGGCUGAAGAAGGCAGACAUGCUCUUCAUCCCGGUUUUGUCUACCUUUGCCAGGGUCUUCUGAGCUGCACUCAUCUUCUUGGGUGGCUGGAGGAGUAUAAAACAGAGUCAAUAGCACAGCUCAUCGGCCUCGGCUGAAUACGACUGAACCAUAAUUACAAACAUCAUGACUCAUUCC